GACUUCAACCAUUUACUUCUUCACAAGAAAGCAGAAGAUAACCAGGAAGCUUGUGAAUAAGUUAAUUUCAUUUAAAGCAAGAAAGGAGUAGACACCGUUUCAUCAGUGUGAAAAUCUGUCUUUCAACACUUUCCCCAACUCUGAGGAGAUGUCAUUCUGACAGGAAGAGCCCUGACGCCUCAGAGAUUCAGCUUCUGGUGCCGAGACGAAGAACAAAAUCAGCUAACCAUGGCAGACCUGGUAAGAGCAAAUUCCUCAGGCACUGGGCAGAACAAAACGUGUGACUCAGUGGAAACAUCAUACCACCCUUUCCUAAUACUGAUCUACUGUCUGCUGUUUCUGGUGGGAUUGAUCCUCAACAGCUUCACCUUGUGGUUUCACUGCCGUGGAGCUCAUGGACAAGCAUCCAAGAGCUGGAUGAUCUACCUGAAACAUCUGACAGCGGCUGACUUUCUGCUCUGCAUCAGCCUCCCGCUGCGCAUUAUUCACUACGCCAGGAAGUCAUACACCAUUCACCUGCUCUACUGCAGCGUUGGAGCCCCGCUCCUGUUCCUCAACAUGACUGCCAGCAUCCUGUUCAUGAGUUACAUUGCAGCUAACAGGUACAUGAAGAUAUUUUAUUCCUCGGAAACUCACUUCCUGAUGUCUUCCAAAGCCAGCCACAUCAUCUCGAUGACCUCCUGGGUUGUUCUCUUGACCAUGAUAACGCCAUACUCCAUUCUUAUGCUGAUCAACCGCACAUCUCAACGGUCUGAUCAUGGCACCUGUGGUCAUCUGCUCAAAGAACUCAUAAGACCAGUGUACCCAGCAAGUCAUGCUUUUGCUUUCAUCAUCUUCCUGUCAGGACUCUUCUCUCUGGUUUUCUUCUACUAUAGCGCCUCCCGCAGGGUGCUGGAGGUACAGGAGAGGCAGCUGGCCUCCGCCAACUCCAAGAAGCUUAUGAAAUCUCGCAGGAACAUGUUGGUGUUGGUCAGUGUGUUCUGCUUUUGCUUUGUUCCUCAUUACAUUGUUCGAAUUCCAUACAUCAUACUUCAAGGACAAUGUUCAGCAGUGAUGUACUACGUCAAAGAGGUGGCCGUCUUACUGUCAGUUUUUAAUAUCAUUCUGGAUCCUCUUAUUUAUGUGUUUCUUUGUAAGGAGUUCAGGGCUCAGCUUAACUUGAAAAAAAUAUUCUGCAUAAAAGGCAACAGAAACACCUCCAGUUCGGAGGCAGGAGACAGUGAGAAUCAGAUGAACACCAUCAGUACCAGUGUAGCGCCCCGGGCUCAGUGAGGACAGAAUGAUAGACAUGGGAAUCAUCAGUCCAGGUUGUUUCUGAUUAAACAUUUUCUAACUUUUUUAAAAAUAGCUCAUAUAAUAUUAGUAUGGUACUCAGCAAAGAGGCUGGAAGAGUCAGAGGACGACAUAAAGGUGGACGUGCUUUGUUCACAUUCCACGUAGAUUACUGCUUCAUUGUGAGCAAUGCCCUGAAAAAAUGAAUGAUGAUUAGCACUAAACUCCAGGUGCAUCAAAGAGAAGUGCUACAUCAGGCCUUUUGAAUCAGUUUACUCAGCAUGGUCUGUUACGACCUGCUACAGUGAAUGGAAUAACAUCCUUAACCCAGUCACUGUGCCUCUGCACAAUCAGCAGGUCUAAUUAAUUCUGAGGGAUGCUAAUGCUCAGACAAUGACCUGAGGGCAUAUCACGCCUCAGCAGACAGUAAGUUGACUUGUCAUUGCCAAGCUGUAAUCAUGUGAGCUAAGUUCACAUGAAACAGUAGUGAGACAUUUUUCAUAGUGAUGUACCAACCUCUGUUGUUGGUUUUUGUUUCAACUCAGUUUUAGAUGAAGAAAUCACCACUGCAUGCUUGUUGCAUAGUGUUUUUACAUUUUCCAUAAAUUUCACCCAAAAGUCAAAUAUACCCAACUUUCUGUGAGUACUGUGAGUAAAUCUAGUAGCUCGUGUGCAAAUUUGUCAUAUUAAGCAUAAGUGGAUGUACCUCCCACUGCUCUUGGUGGCAAAGAGCCUCUAAAAAGAUGUUUAGUAUGUGUGCAAAAUGUAGCAGUGGGAUCAACAGCCAUGCAAAAUCAGAAACAGUUUGAAGUCAUAUUGCAACAAUGGUCCACAGGGGGCGCACAUUCUACUUCUAAAAUAAGCUAAUCAUUUCUUAUAAUCUGAGUUUGCUCAUUUUAAUAACUAU